GAGAAUUCACCUUAAAUUCCAUGUCAAAUGACCCAAGUGACAAGUUGCAAACAGUUACAAGAGCAGACUGACAUCUCAAAAAAAAACUGAUUUCGGUUCAUGUCUGAAAAAAUGUCCGAGGUUUCUGCUUUGGAACCACCUGAGAAAUUCAUAGUGGCAGGUAUCGUAUCGAACAAAGAAUUUCAGAAAAGCCGGUAUGUCAUCCAGAAGCUUCACAUAUGUUUUCCAAAACUCUACGCACCGCCUGAAAUAAGGCCUAUGCUGAAUGUUGAAUGGACUGCAUAUCUUACGAAGAUUAAAAGAAAGUUCGGUAAAGGUACAUGGAAGCUAAAAAAGUGCGUUGCGGUUUUUCUGAAUGGAGAAUUUCUGGGUGAUGAUGAAGAUUUGCUGAAGCAUGUAUCCAAGAAGUUCAGAUUUUCACUGAGCAUGGAUUGGUACAAGAUAGGAAAUUGUCAGAUUUUUGACUACCUGCAGAGAAUUAUGCUGAAGUUUAGGCAGUUAGCCUACAUAACUGUUUCAAUAAAUAACAGGGUUAUAGGAAGUAUGCUUUUUGAGCUUUAUAACGAUUUAGUCCCACUUACCGCUGAAAACUUUUUGCAAAAGUGCAAAGCUGAAAUUGGCGGUUAUGCUGGAACUCCAAUACAAAGAAUAAUGCCAGGUAGUUGGAUCCAAUGCGGUGGAGUUAAGCUACAAGAGCACCAGAUGCGUUGUGAAAACUAUGCCAUACCGCAUGACAGAAGAGGGGUUCUUUGCAUGUGUAAUAAAAAAAGACAUAAGACGAAUACGACCCAGUUCUAUAUCACCUUAGCAGCUGCGCCUUGGAUGGAUUACAGAUAUGUAGCGUUUGGACAACUAAUUCAAGGUGAAGAGAUCUUAGCAGCAAUCGAAUCGGUACCAACAUACUGCGAAUCACCCAAGGUUCCCAUAGACAUAGUAAAUGCUGGAGAGGUCACCUUUGACCCCACACCAGACUACGUAACUACAGACGACUACAACGCUUUCCAAGACAACACAAUGUUACUGGAUUCCCUGAUUCUACCCAAAUACAAAGGUCGUCCAUCGCAGGGAUCCGUGUUCUCAAUGAGAAAGCUCCUGAAAGGCCAUUAUGGGGAACCCUUUGAAGUCGCGCACUAUUCCAGAAUUGGGCUUAUGGAAGACUAUUUGGACAUGAUCAUGUUAGAUGCAGAGACGGAGGAAUAUGUUCCAAGACCUAUCAUCAAACUACCAGAAGAAGAAGCAGAAAUGUCAUUUUCAUCUGCUAGUGAGUACAACCCAUGUUCGUGUACGUCUUUGGAUUCCUUUGUACGUAUAGCUGAUCUUCCAAAUGCUAGUGAUAUGACCAUAUAACAAACAUUGGAAUGUUAAAUAUAGGUGUAUCUAUGAAGAAUUUAUUAGACUCUUUAAUUAUUUUAUAUAAAUGGGGAAGAGGAAAUACAAGAAUAAACAU